GUCAAUGUUUCAUCAAACGUUUCAAACAUUUUUUCUUAUAAAAAAUGAAACAGAGACUCGGUUAUGGCUUUGGUUCUAAACGAAAGAAAAGAGUACACCUACAAAAUGGUGGUGCUUGGGUACUACAGUGUGGGAAAAAGCAGUUUGAUACAAAAGUAUGUGAAGGAUGAGUUCAACCCAAAUGAAGAAAGCACGAUAGGAGCAGCUUUCCUGACAAAAACGAGUAUAUAUCCUAACUACAAUAUAAAAUAUGAAAUUUGGGAUACAGCUGGUCAGGAGAGAUACAACAGCCUCAUACCAAUGUAUUACCGCGGCGCGCACGUUGCUCUCAUUGUGUACGACAUAACAUGUCCAGAGAGCUUUGAGACGGCCAAAAACUGGGUCACGGAACUGAGCAGUGAGAAGCCGAAAAAUUUUGUCAAAGUGCUGAUUGGAAACAAGAGCGAUUUGGAGAACACAUCAAGGAAAGUUGGAUUUGACGAAGCGAAAGAAUACGCGCGCAGAAACAAAAUGCUGUUUUUUGAGGCGAGCGCUAAGACCGGAUUUAAUGUGGAAAACGUAUUCUCGUCGGUGAGCGAAAUGUUGCCCAAGGAUUUGAAGGAAAAGAAAAAGAACCACGUUCGAAUUAUUGAAAAGAAGAAGCUUUUUUUCUGUUGUUGAUAAGGUUCAUUAAAUUUUAGAUUGCUAGUAGAACUGUAACCAUUUUCUGAUACCUUGGAUACGUACACGCAACAUUUACACGAAAAUUACAAGGUUUUACCGGUUAAGCAGUGUGUUUGCAGUUCGAAUACACCAACAGAAACAAAAAGCUCAUUUAGUACAUUUUUUACACAAUAUUCUCUCAAAAAGGUACGACCGCUCAGAAUCUAGCACCCUAAGUAAAUGCAUUUACCAAAUAGAUCUCACAACACUAGUUGCAUGAAUGGAAAGAAUCUGUGUUUUGUUCUAAAAUAACCGAAAUUGCACCCACUGUAGUCUUUCACAGAUAAGCAAUCAACGAGCAAUUUUUGCUCUGUGGAAAACCCGUUACCGAACACUGAACAGAAAUAAAAC